AUCCGUUCUACGAUCAUAUAUGCUUGUGAUAUGACACACGCGCGUUUCUCGUUUCUUAUUUCCUUCGCACGUUCCCUUCUUUCCUAUCGUUGAACGAUAGUAAACGCGGAUGUGAAAAAAAAACAAAAAGCAAGUUUCGUGCCUCUCGUAUGUUUUACGUUCGUCGCUGGCUGCUACUGUUGUUGUUGUCGUCGUCGCCGCUGCUGCUGUUCGCCGUCGAAAUCAUCCCCCUCGGGUCCGAUGGAGAAACGCGAGAGACCGAAUGGACAGUGGGAUUGAUAGAGAACCGGGAGAACCGAAGAGAACAGGACACACGGAACACGCACCUCGUACUCGCGACACGAUCGCGGCGGUGCACGAGAUUCAUCGGAUCAUCCAGCGAUAACAACGUCCGUAUUCUUCUCGGUACUGUCAUCCGAACAGCGCGCCCGAGACACGUGAAAUCGCACGGUUGACAGUUGAAACCGUGGCGCCGGACGGUGACGAUCCCCCGUGUACCUACAAUCGUUCCCUCGUCUCGAGCUGUUGACCUUGUGCUGUUUAACUUUUGGCAACGCGUCUUCGAGUGCGUGUAGUUCCCCCCCGUGGCCCACCGUCCCCGUGUACGUCUCGCCGCGACUCGAAGUGACACGCACGUGAAUCGAGAUCCUAUUCUGACGUGAGAAAAUUUCGCUACGACACGUGACAAGUGAGGAAGUGACGGUAGCACGACCCCGCCAUAGUGCGGUUAAUUGUAAAACGUGAUGUCGAAUGAGUCGACGGCGGGAGACGGGAAAACGCGCGCUCGGACGCGGACAAAAGUAAACAAAAGUUAAACACACUGAGCGACACCGGUCGGUCGAUAGGCCAUCGAUUAAAACCGACGCUGCGGAGCGUUUGACGUAGAGGAAGAUUCCCGUGGAAUUUCGUGGACGCUGGCUCGGGACGCAGUGCGAUGAUCGGAGAGCAUGUACGCGCGUAAAUCGGGGGAGCGCGCCGAACACCGAUCGGACACGCGUCCACGCUGGUUGACAGCCGCGGACGUGCCAGCGGUGACGGGCUCCGAAAAUGUUGAUGUCAAACGCGCGCCGAGUGGGUCUACGUGGAUCAAACGGGAAAGAGAUAAAGAGAGUAUGAAAAGAACGCGGGAGAGACGAUUUCGUCUCUGUUGGUGUUGAGAGUGCGAGGAGUGCGUGUUCCGUGCGAGCCGGCAACGGCGGUACCAAAAUAUCACACGUGCGCGUCGGGAGAGUAACGAGAUUUUUGGAGGACGACGAGGUGGGCGAUCGGUGACGAGCAUCGAUUUCCUGGCAGGGUUGCGGGGUGCAGUUCAGACAUGGGAAGUGAGCAUUACUGCCUGAGGUGGAACAAUCAUCAGAGCAACUUGCUGGGUGUGUUCAGUCAACUGCUGGAGUCGGAGUCGCUGGUGGACGUGACACUGGCGUGCACGGAGGGACCGUCGAUACGUGCCCACAAGGUAGUCCUCUCCGCGUGCUCCAGCUACUUCCAGGCCCUGUUCCUCGACCACCCGAACCGCCACCCCAUAGUCAUCCUAAAGGACGUACGUUUCGCCGAGCUACGUACCCUCGUCGACUUCAUGUACAAAGGCGAGGUAAACGUCGAGUACUGCCAGCUAUCGGCCCUCCUCAAGACGGCGGAGAGCCUUAAGGUGAAGGGUUUAGCGGACAUGACGAACAUAAACGCGGCGGUCGCGUCGAGGGACGAGCAACAACAACAGCAACAACAACAGCAACAGCAACAACAACAACCAUCGCAGCAGCAGCAGCCGCAGCAACAACAACAGCAGCAGCAGCAGCAGCAGCAGCAGCAACACACGGGCACAUCCUCCGAGGGUAUACAGCGCGAGACGUCGCGAGAACAUCACCGUGAACGGGAAAGCAUAAAGGAGUCGAGCAAUAAGGACAGAGAGAGGGAAGGGAAUCCCUCGUCGAGUGGGUUGUCGGGGGUGUCGUCGGUGCCAGGGGUGAAAGAAUGCGAGCAAUCGCACCAAAGCGUCGCGCAACCGGCGGUGAGCGAGUCCACGGAGGCGGUGGACAUGACCGAGUGUCCGGCGUCACCAGCCGGACCCGGUAGCCCUUGUCCCGGACCGCUGGCCCUCGAUCGACCCAGGAGGGACUCCGAGGACGCCGCCAGCCUCGAGGAAACGAGGGGUUCCCUUAGCCCGAUCUCGGUGCACAGUGGACCGUCGGAUAUGAGCCUGAGCAACAACACCGGCAGCACGCCCGGUGUGCUACCGUUGAACCUACCGCAAAGCCGGCUUCCGUCCCCGCACAGUACAGAACCUCUCGCGGGCCCCUCGGGGUUACCACCGGUCCAGCAAGUUCCACUUUCGUUAAAAAAAGAAAUGGACUGGGAAAGGUCGACCGAGGAGCGGAGCGCGAGCAGCGAAAUAUCCACGGACUACAGACUCCCGCCAGAUCCGGUAUCGCUGGCAUUGGGUUUGGACGCAGGGGGUUGGGGCGCCCUCGUGGAGCGGACGAGCGGCGGCGGAAGCGGUUCCCUGUUAGGUCACGGCGGUUUCGCCAGUCUGGCCGGCCUGGCCCGUCGCUGCGGCGUCUGUCUGGCCACGUUCCCGUCCGCCUGGCUGCUGGAGCGGCACGCGUUGCUCCAACACGCCGGCCAGGCCAGCGACGACAAACCGUUCACCUGCGAGCAGUGCGGCCAGCGUUACCGCUACCGGUCCGCGUACGUGAAACACCGAGAGCAGAACCAUCGCGCCCGUCUACCCGCCGACAAGCUCUUCACCUGCGACGUAUGCGGCAUGCAGUUCAGGUAUUUAAAGUCUUUCAAGAAGCACCGGCUGAACCACGCGCUAGAACGACUUCAACGAGCCCCGGAGCCGCAAAGCAGCGCGCUCUCCGUUUCCGCGGCGGCUGAGAGGAGCGACCAGGUGUCCAGCACCGGGGAACCGUCCCAGGUGGAAACGGGCAGCGACACAACCACGAAUCCUGGGGAGGAAGAGACGCGGGCCGGUUUCAACGAGAACGCGUCACGCGAGGAGAGCGUCUCCGAGACCGCCAGCGUUCACGAGAAUCCCGGUGACGCCGUCGAGGUGCAGAUGACCGAGGCUCCCACCAGGAACAGCGGCUCGGUUGCCGCGGCCAACACCAACGAGGUCGGCGACGCCGACGACAACGCGGUGGACGACGACCGCUCCGAAGCCACCGAGGCCGUGAUCAGCCUGGCGCGCAGCUCUCACGAAGUGGAUAGGCGCGAGCGACGCUUCGCCUGCCCGUUUUGCGGUAAGUGCGUUCGCUCCAAGGAGAACUUGAAGCUCCACGUGCGCAAGCACACCGGCGAACGACCGUUCGUUUGCCUGUUCUGCGGCCGCGCGUUCGGCGGUAAGAGCGACUUGACCAGGCACCUACGCAUCCACACCGGCGAGAGACCCUACCACUGUGAGAUGUGCGGCAAAUGCUUCGCCAGGGCCGAUUAUCUGUCUAAACAUCUCACCACGCAUAUACACCAGCGUUAGAGUUUGAUACGCUCUUCACACUUACUGCUACGAUUUCAAUAUGCUUAAUUCGACUACCUGUGAUUAUGGGAAAAGUUCGCUCUAAGCUCUAAUUCAACGAAUCGUUUUCAUCCUGGAGUACUAUGAUAUAUUGAAUUUCAAUUGAAGUGCUUUUACAGUACGAAUAUUAUGUAUUGAAUUUUACGUAGGUAUCUAAAAAUGAAAUGGUAGAAUUCGGUAUAAAAUAGCUUUUUCCAAUGAUUGGACGUUUAGGACGCUUUUCGGUGACACAGGUAUUGACGAUGGCAAUAUCGAUCGAGCAAUUUCAAUUACACAAGUGGAAGAACGUGAAACAACUGUCAUUCAGAAGGGUUUCUCGAUGAGGAGUCUGUGUAUAUGUUAGCCCAAGCGAAAUGUCCGUUCUAUUUAAGCGAAAAGUAUGAGGAAUUCCGUCGGAAAGUGUAGGAGUAUUUUUAAGGUAUAGUCUAAUUGUAAAUUCCGUCAUCGAAUCCAUCCUUGGCUGGGUUCGUCGCUCUCCGAACCAGGGAGAGGAGAAUUUAGAAACGAAGAGGAAAAUCCAUCCAUCCGUUGGUCCACCAAGACGAGUCAAUUAGGGAAACGAGAAGAGACGAGCGACCGCGUGGAAUUCUCGCGCAUGGAGGAAAAUUAAACUCGAGGGUUUUUACAUAACGUUAGUGAGAAUAUACUUGUGAUAAGGAUUCGAAAACCAAAGAACGACCUGCGGCGAGUAAGGUGACGGCUAUUUAUAUUACGUGUCCUGUACUACCCAUCAAGUCUCAGAACAUUUUAUUAAAAGACAAAAUUCAGUUUGCAGUAUAUGCAUAGAAAUCUCAAAGAAUAACUACAGUGUGGCUCAAAAUUUAUAUCAAUUUUUCUAUAUCGAUGUAUAUGUUGAAUGCAGAUCAAAAUUUAAAGAAAACUGAGAUUACGAAGUCUGUUAAAAAAAAACGUAUCCAGCAAUAAUAACACCUCUGUUACUUUUCAAAUUGAACAAAGUGUUCUAGGACUCGUGAAGGGGAAUUCUAUAAAUUGUCCUUGCACCAGUUCCUUACGAGAAACAUUAUUCGGUGCCUUGGACAGACGACCGAGUACACUUUUUAAAAGUUUAUCAAAACGUAGCAAUAAACCGCGUUAUCAAACAUUUUCGUUGCGCAGCCGUCACGCAGCAUGCAGAAGCCGCGAGAUAAGACGUGUUACUCCACGGUCCUUCCAAUCUCUUCUUAGCCAAUGUGUCCAUUUUUGCUGUCUACGUGUAUAUACAGUAUACAGAAUGUUCUCUGACGGACAAUCUUCCAAUAUUGAUUAAUUAAAAAAGUAAUGAGAAAUCUCACGUGAAGAUAUCAUUUUUUUAUUUGAUUAUAUACCUAAUUAUUUAUCUGAUAAUUUGAUCAUACGACUUAUUAGUUGAACUAUUCCACUGAAGAGACAGUAUGAACUUCGUUCAUUGUUUUUGUAAAAGUUGUUGAAUAGUCCAUCUGUCAGGGGAUAUUCUGCAGAUGUAAUGUCCCUGGUCCGUGUACAUGCACUAUAUAAUGUAUAUCGAUAAAAAUAUAUCGUCCAGCGAAAAUGCGCGAGCGCAGAUCGAGAGUGCCGGCUCAUUCUCCUGGGAGCUGGUCUCGCAAGCUCGUUGAAUUUCGAAGUCCCGAGAGGUCCAAGGAUCCAAGCACGCUUUCAGUUGUCGCACUAGUUAUCGAGAUCGACCCAUAAACUCUGGUCGGAGUUUGCGAUCGAACAGUUGCAGGUUCAACUAUCCGUAAGCCACUGGCCAAAAGUUUUAUAAUCGCUAGACUGCGAAUUUUUAUGUAAAAGAGGACGCGUCGAUAGAAAUUUCCUUCAUGCAUGGAACUUAUAUUUCAUGUUUUAGUUUGCCAGUUUUUUGUGUAAAAUCCACGGUCUAUUAAUGUCGAAUGAAUGAUAGAAUUUAUAUAACUAUGAAAAUGAAUAAUUAUUCUUUCCAUUCGAUGCUGUGCCAAAAUAAUUUGUUGCAUUCUAUCAAGAAAUUUAUAUAGAAUAAAAAACAGUUUGAAUUCUAAGGAUGAGGGAUAAGAAAUCGAAGAUGGAUCAUCGCCUGGACGGUACAAUAUAAACGAUUCGGCGUGUUAUUCCGUCUUCUAAAAUAGACAUUAAAUUAAGAAUAAGUAAUGAACGAGAUCUAUUACAAACGUGCCGUCCCAGUGCCAACUAUCGUUUACUUUUUUGUGAAAGUUAACUGCAUAGCUUCCUGCCGAGUCUACGCCGUCCUGGUGAUCGAUAGAUCUUCGAUGAUCUCGUCACAAAGUCGACAGAGAGAGCCGUUCGAUCGCAGAUUUAAAUAAUAAACUGAAUAUUUUAUUCAUGCCUGGAACGUGGGAUGCGAAAAUCGUGAAUGAUUGAAACAGAUGAUUCUCGUAUAUUUUAUUCUUGUACAACUCGCCUCGUUUUAGGAAAUGCUGUGAUUUCGUGAUCGUUGCUCAAACAUGAAACCAGAAGUGAUCACUACUGAGACAUCCUUUACUUUUUGCAUUUACCUGAGACAAUAUUCUUUGUUCACGUUAGAGAAAAUGUCAUUUGUGUGUCACACCAGAUUUUGACAAUUGUUUCACAAUAAUAAAAUUAAACCGAUGAAUAUGUACAAUUAAAAAUGCGAAGAGUCAAAUGAUCUCAGAGGUGUCACGGUUUCGUCAAGUUCAAGUGAAAUCUUUCACCCGAGUAUCCCACGUUGCAGUCCUUCGUUUCGUUCCGAUCUUUAAACAAGCUACCACGAAGGAAGCUGCGAAUUCGAUCUCGUGGUCGAUAUGCAUGCAGAAAACGACAACUGGGAAUUGAGCAUUGCUUGCGAGGCCACCCCCGAUUUCCGUUGAUUAAGCGUUUAGUCGUUUAAGUAGCUAGAUUCACGACGUACUCGCUGCUGUAUAUGUUAAGUACGUAUUUGCGAACAAACGAAGUCGAAUAACGAAGGUGCUAUGAAGGAAUAUAGGGGUUGAUCGCGGUCCGGCCAAACAGACGUCCGCACGAAAGAGCUCGACGAUUUUUAAUUAAAAGAUAUAUCCAUUUAGAUCGAGUAUCUUCACUUUGCAGUUAUAAAAAAUCGAGAACUUAUUAUUGAUACAAGGAGUACAUGAGAUAGAGUCAAUCAGCGUCUGUAAGAAAACGAAGCUCUGCUCGGAACGGACCGGUCCAUCGCCGUGAUUACGUCUGUUUAGUAUUAUAAAUUACGUAUAAUACAUUACAUUUAGUAUUAUGUAAGUUUUACAAAGCAAGAUCGCGAACGAUGGUUAGCGAAACCUCGCUGACCCAAUAAUAGAGCGAGUCGAGAAACGAACGUAAGCCAACGAUUAAAACGAGGGGAGAAAAGAGGCGAGUAUAGAGAACAUGUUCAACGAAUGUCAACGAGUUUCAAACACAUACACACAUACAAAGGGCGACGGUGUUAAAAAGAGCGCGCGUAGGGGAGACAGGAAUGAAUCGAAGGAAAAGGGAAACAGUGGACGAGGCCGCAUCGCAGUUUAGGCUUCGUCCAGGCUGACUCGAGAACGAGCUCCCGUCUCGCGCGCGUGAUUAACGAUCCGAAGGAUUAAGGAAAACAGUUCCAUGACGCCUGACGCCUCUGUUAGCUUUUAUACGCGCGCAGAGCCAACAAUGUCCGCCAACGACCCGCCGCCGCCGCCCCCUACGUUUUCACCGGCUAUCACGCCAGAUUUACUGCGUUAUGGACGGCCGAGGGAAGCUGCAAAUCGUUCUGUCACCGAAAGACCACGACUGCGCUUGACGUUUCCUGUUCUGCUCCGCUACACUCGAGUCUGCCUCGAGGAUCGCUCUCCCGUUCACGCGUAACGAGACCGCGGUUCCACCCAUCGUUCUUACUUCUCCUGUUCCAGAUUUUUUUCGAUAGGACAACCCGAGGUAACGACUGGCAUCGACGAUCGACGUUCACGUCUAUCCCCGGUUUAAUUACGAUGACGAACGAAAGACAUACGAAACGUCGAUAUCUGCUACAAAAUCUCUCAAUUGAUUUUCCCACUAGAAUAUUUUAUACGAAGCUGUUUUUUACAUUAGCCCGUCUUUUCACGUAGCUUAAUUGUGAUAUAUUUUGGCGAUUUUUUAAUCGAGUCACUACGAAUAUGAUACUAAUUAUACAUAUACAUAAUAAUGGUGCUAAUGAAGAUAGAAAUUCCAACGUCCUCUCAAAUUCAUUCUUUACAUUUCUAACGGGAAUAACAUUUUUUAAUCUGUGAUAUAGCUACGCUACGCUAUGUUGAAUAGAACAAAGUAUUUUAUUGAAUUUUAUAGAUUUUCAAUCCGAAAUUCUGCUCGAUUAUUACACCAAAGAUACCAAAAAGAGAUGAGUAAUUGCCCAACGAAAAAUAAGUAUACACGUGUGCCUCACUUAAAUUGAAUGAUAUAAUUUUUUUAAAAUCACCAAAUUCUUAAUUGAUAAAUCAGAUUACGUUAAUCGCAGUUUUCAAUUUAAGUCAGACACGACUUGUACACGUAUAUUCUUUAAUCUGUGAUACUAAGAUUUUUAGCGAUAAACAUAUUUAUUUAGCGUAGACUAGUGUAUUUAGAUGAGUUUAGCAUAAAAAUCUCCAAAGAAACGUUAGUUCCGAACCUUAGUUCUAUGUUCAGCAGGUAUGGUUUAUUCUGGACACCGUCACCAGUUACGAUUACCAAGGUUUACACACAAAACGGUGUUAUAUUGGUAAAUAUUUCCGGCUAAUACACGGGCAAAUAUUUGCGCCGCUAGAAAUUGUUGAGGAGAUAGGUAACGUACCGUGGGCACGGUAAUAAUAAGGGAAAUAAAUAAAAGCACUCGUUGCGUAAAGUGUGCUAAGAAAACAUGUUGAAAUUGCGCGAUAAACGCGGACACCGUGGACGCGUUUUAUUUAGUUUGCCUGAAACGAGUGUUACCGUAUUUUUAUUUCAUGCCCCCGAGCGCGAAGCGCGCGUAUAUUUUUUACAGAACUCAAUCAGUGAUAACCGGACUGCAGGUUUGUAUGCACUCCGAGAAAAAUAUGAGAAUAAACGUGUAAUCUGCGAAAAUAUGUAAAAUGUUUGUACAAGGAGAGGAGCUAUUUGGUAUUUUUCAAAAAUUCGUUUAUGAAUCUAAUUUCGUAUAAGAACCUGCGGCCCGGUGAUAACGGGCGUCAGUGAUAUUUUACAAACUGCAACGACUUGUGAUAACGUGGAAAUGCCGAUUCGAAUUUUAGCUAGUUUUUAUUACGCUAGGUAGUCGUUUGAUUUACUGUGAUAAUAAAAUAGUAUUGGAUGAUACGACCAAAUUGUACAAUAAUUUUUGCGACAGUUUCAUCGUGCAACGAAAGACGGUUCCUUAAUUAGUAGAAGAUAUUACUAACACGGGAAGCACGUGAAGAAGUUUCGAUUAAUUAGACAAGUUUCAUUUAGCGACGUAAAAUUAGUCUACUGCAAAUUCUUUGGCGGUGGUCCCUUUGAUGGGGAUCAAGGGGCGAAGAUCAGUUCCAAUUUUUCGUAUCGCACAGUUGGAAUAGCCAACAGCUUUGAGUUCUGAAAGCAUUUUAUUUUUGGCCAGUCCGCACUCGACCCAGAAACCAAAAACCCGCGAAGAUUCUCCCGAUAACCUUUCCGCGACGACACGGUAAAACCCCUCGUGUUCCGAGAAACGCGUGCAUCCGACAAACAGAGAGGAAAAAACCGGAGAUGCUUUACAGAAAAUAGGGUGAGUCGCUCCCCGUGCGUUUUCAGUGCGACGGCUGUGUUUUCUUAAUGAACUUCAACAUCAUUAACAGUUUUUUACAUAUCUACACCCCGUUUUAGCAUGUACAUGCCUCUGCUUUAGCAACUGAUAUGUAUAAACGAAACAGUAUAAAAUGGCUAUGGUUUAUAAAUCGACCAGAGAACUUCUCGUGCACGUAGAGACGAUAUAAGAAUAGUCGAAAAUAAAAGUCAAAUUUAAGUGAUUUAACGCGCUGCUGUUUGAAAAAUCGUGAAUUUCAACUCGCAUGUUAGCUGUUCUUUUGCUACGGAGAGAUUUUUAUUCACUUGAAACGGCGGUGGCCAGGGUAGGGUCGCGUCGAUAUCGAGAAAUAAUACAUCGGGUCCUCGUUUUAAGUCGCCGGAAUCGAACGUACGGCUCGGUUUCUAGGAAUCAAUUAAUUGCAACGCGACGCGUGUGCACCGAGACACGGAAAGUACACCCCAUCGCAUAAGUCCUGCGAAAUCAGCAGUCAGAUAACAAGAUGUAAAAGAGAUCCGAUUUCAAUUCAUACAAAAUCGUCAAAUUCAACUGGAGACAUUGGUCAUGCGUCGAUAUUUAAAACACGAUCGAAGGUUUUGUUCAGAUCGUUCAAAUUAAAUGAAACUAAAUUUUUCGCCUAAAAAUAUUUGAUCGAGGCGUCCUAAAACUUAUGCUCGGGGGUGUACGAAAGCUGAACAUGGAGAACGCGAUAGGGAGCGUGCGAGCACGUUAGCUCGCGUGAUAGCCAGCCGUCCUUCAAUCGAAGUCGGUAAAACGUAGGUACCUUACCACCGAAAUGUGCACGGCCAUAAUAUAUUCAACGCGAUUGUGUGUCCCGGCGCGGCGCGGAGCGAAGGGGAUCGCGAGCAGUUCUCGGCCUCGGCGCAGACCUCCAGGGGUGGUUUUUACCUAACGAUUCUGGCCGAAGUAUUUAAACACCGUAAUAACAUUUCGGAAGUACACACGGUCGGACUUCCGUACAAAACAUUUAUCAGUUUAAUAAAAUCGAGGCAAACAUUUCUGUUAUCGUGGAAAUAUCGAAACGUAUUUUUACGUUACGGAUAAAAUUCGGAAUCUACGCGCAAUAUACGAUCGUUUCAUCGAUCAGCGUAAUAAUAAAUACUGAAAAAAAUAUCAAAUAAUUUUACGAACCUCCACCGAUGUUAUCAAUCGAAACCGUUCGGCGUCACAUCUUAAGGACAUGGUAGGCGAGAGAACGCGUUAAAUGUUUGCGUCACGUUAAGUAGCGGUGUCGAUAAUUAACGUGCUAGCUGUGAUGCACGCCUUCGACGAUGCAUUAUUGUCUUUACGUGUACACAGCCAGCUGUCAGGACGCCGCACGUACACACCCCCAUACGCAAAUCUUACAUCGAAUGCGACGUUCACAACAAGAAAUAGAACAAUUUUUAUUAGAUAUUCUUCGUCGAUGUUUCGCAUUAACGAAACGUAAUUAAUCUAUUUUCGAAAUCGAUUUAAGUACGACAAUAAUUUACACAGACCUCUUUUAUGUUAUACCCAGUUUAAUUCUACAGAAAGAAUUCGACGUAAGUUUGACUCGAGUGAAUUGCACAGUGGAGCAACUCCAGGCAGUCGUGGCGGACUACAUAAUAGAUAGAACUUGAAUCUGAAUUUAUAGAAAGAUAAUCCGGGUCUAUAGCCGUUAGAGGAUAAAGCGGCAUCAAUGGACAGGCGUUAUGGAAUGAAUUGGGCAUUUUAAACCACGUUUAAAAAGUUAUAGCUACCUAUACAACACCAAGUAACAUAUAUAUAUAAAUAUACAAAUUCUAAUAUAUAU